UAUAUUAAUCCUUCCUCCACCGUUCGUAAACUCGGAGAACGGUGAGUCAAGUUUGAGAGAACUCGAUCACUCAGCUCAGUUCCUCCCAAUUCACUCAGUGAUGGCUUCCUCUCUCCACACCACCAUCUAUUCGUCUCACAGCCUUCUCUCCCUCUCCAAACCCAGAAAGCCUACCUCUCGAAUACCCUUCAAAUUCUCGCAGCCCCCACUUUUCCCGAAAAGCAGCGAGAAAGGACACAGCUUGGCAGUGAAUUCAGUGGUCCAAGAGGAUUUUGAUGUGAUUCCUGUGCAGAGCGGAGACCUUACGGAUCAGCAGGAGGGUGUGGUGGUGGGUAGAGAAGACGAGGAGUUGGUGAGUCAGAUGAGUCAGGUCACCGGGAUUGGAGCGAAUGAGGGGCAAUUAUCUCUCGAAGGAUUCUCUUCCGCUUCUUCCUCAUCUAUUAUUGGAAGGAGUGUGGCUGAGGAGGAAAUGGAUAGGGUGAUUGAUAGGACAAUAAAUGCGGUGAUUGUGCUGGCUGCGGGUACUUUUGCUAUCUCCAAGUUGCUCACCAUUGACAGGGAUUUUUGGCAUGGGUGGACAAUAUAUGAGAUACUAAGAUAUGCACCUCAGCAUAACUGGACUGCUUAUGAAGAAGCUUUAAAGACAAAUCCAGUUUUAGCCAAGAUGGUAAUUAGUGGGGUGGUCUAUUCUCUUGGCGAUUGGAUUGCACAGUGCUAUGAAGGGAAACCACUUUUCGAGUUUGACCGUACACGCAUGUUCAGAUCAGGCCUGGUUGGCUUCACACUGCAUGGUUCUCUUUCUCACUACUAUUACGAGUUUUGUGAGAAGCUUUUUCCCUUUCAAGAUUGGUGGGUGGUUCCUGCUAAAGUAGCCUUUGACCAAACUCUAUGGGCAGCUACUUGGAACAGCAUUUAUUAUAUUGUUUUGGGAUUCUUGCGUUUUGAAUCCCCUGUCAGCAUAUUUAGUGAAUUGAAGGCAACGUUCUGGCCGAUGCUCACCGCUGGGUGGAAACUUUGGCCAUUUGCUCAUCUUAUUACCUAUGGAGUGGUCCCUGUGGAACAAAGACUUCUUUGGGUGGACUGCGUGGAACUCAUUUGGGUAACAAUACUAUCAACUUAUUCAAACGAGAAAUCGGAAGCAAGAAUCUCCGAGGCAGAAGCCAGUGACAUUUCUACAUCCGUCGUUCCUGAGCAGGAGAUAAGGAAGUGAAUGACGAGUAGGCAAGGGAGAACGAUUACUUGCUGGGUUGAUGAUUGCGAGCAGCACUCUACCUCAAAGGGCUGAUACUGCACAUACCUUGUAUACUUGUAUUCGCGGAUAUAGUACGACUGCAACUCUAAAACUAGCUCGACAUUGUGGUGAAAAUUUUUUAUCGUAAUUAUCGGUAGUCCAUGUCUAUAAUUUGCUCGCAUCAACCUUUUUAUAUUGUUCUCGCUUUUGUACACAAGAAUCAAAAUGUCGUGUGCAAAUUCUAAUUUAUGUCAUACCAUCGAUCUGUUAUAUAAAGAUGUAAAUGUUCCUUUCCAUUGUGAAUAGAAUAGCAAUUGUUUGUCCGAUCAUUGUGGGUAUAA